AUGGUGAUAUUUCUGUAUAACCUGGCAGAAAAUCUAUUUCAGGAACUUCAGGAACAUUUUCAAGCUCUGACUGCAACAUUAAACCUCAGAAUGGAAGAAAUGGGAAACCGCAUCGAGGACUUACAGAAGAAUGUCAGUGACUUAAUGGUGCAAGCUGGCAUUGAAAAUUCUAUUAAACAACAAAUGCUGAAGACCUAAGUGCAGCAUGACUGUGUUUGGAGAUGGGGCCUCUACAGAAGUCAUUAAGGUUACAGGGGUCCUGAGGGUGGGGCCCUCAUCCAACAGGAUUCGUCUUUCUGAGAAGACACGCCAGGGGCUCACCUGUUCUCCCCGUCCCUGCCCCAGAGAAGGUGGCCAUCAGCAAGCCAAGGAGAGCCCUCCCCAGAAAUCACACGGACCGGCACCUUGAUCUGGGACUUCCAGAAAACAAGUGUGUUGUUUAAACCACCCAAUCUGAAGUCUUGUUAUGGCAGUCCUGGGCAGACUAAUACAAUACGCAACACGUUUACAAUAAAUACACGAUAAACUUACAAAUGUGGGAUGUAA